AAGAAAAGGCAAGCUUUCAGACAGCUCCCCCAGUCCACUGCCCGCUCUGUGAAAUGAAAUGUGGUCGUCCUUGCCCAAGUUCCCUUCCCAACAAUCCCAAGGAGGCAAAGCUUCAGUCUUUCCCACGGAGCGGUUACUCUGAAAUAGAGGCAGGCAGCACAACCACUGAGCUCAAUCCUCGGCCCUGCUCUGAAACAGAAAAACUAGAUUUGGCUGGACAUGUGGAGGUGACCGCCGAAGCCUGAUGGCGCAUGUCUGAGCUGGCUCAGUACUUCCCGUAUCCUUCGCCCUGAGGCUCGGUGCCCCUCCUAAUAAAAAGACCAGCGCUGAGGGGUUCCAGCCCUGCUGCCCUCAGAAACCGAAGUGGAGGCAGAACCAGGGUCAAAGCCACACUGCAGAGCGGCUCCGGGGCACAGCGUCCUGACCAGGUCAGCAGCUGUCUGGUGGCCAGGGCCCUGUCCAGACGGCCCGGAGCCCCACAGCCCAUGAGACCUCCCCUCGCCGGCAUCCUGGAGAAGUGCCUGAGAAAGGCUCCCCCAGAACUGGCCUCCCCUCGGCUCCCCUUUCUCUAGCCCUGUGCCCUCUCCUGACACCAUCAGCCCUUCAGGAGGGCCGUGAAUCGUCCAUCCCGUGGCUCUAUGAUCUACCCUUCCAGGCCAGGCUCGCUGGGCGACUGGAAUACUCUCGCAAGGGUUUCGUUCCAGAGCUCCCAGCCAGUCACAGCAGCUCCUGCUCAAGUUGCCUUUGACGCCUCUCUGGAGGGAGGGUCGCCCCAACACACGCCCACAAGGGACCAACGGGCACCAGGCCACCGCUCACCGAGACGAACUAACACGACACAAAGUUUUAUUCAUUCACCAAAUGCACACAGCUCUGUGGAGCAGACACAAACACCCCCUUACAGGGAGAGGGGCUCAAAGAUUUAGUGACCGAAGAGCAAGCUUUCAACCAGCAUGCUACACUCGCCAGCUACAGAGGCAAACCUACCAUUCUCAUCAAUUCCUAUUAAAACUACCGUAUACAUUAAAUUCCCAAUUAUAGAAGACCAUUUUCAAAUUAUUGUCUUUUAGGUUUUCCUUCACUCAAUGGAAAUUCUGUUCUUACUUCUUUUGCUAGAAGAAAGGACCUUACAAUGUGGGGGCUUUCUUGUUUGUUUUUGGUGGUGCCGAGUACUGAAUCCAGGGCCAGGCACGUGCCAGCCAGCACUCCACUCUCAGAACCUUGACCACCUGUCUAGCUGUUCAGUGGUACUGGAGACUGAAUCCAGGGCCUUCUCACCUAGCUAUAUCCGUGGCCCUGUGUAUUUUGAGACAGGGCCUCACUACAUGGCGCAGAUGAGACUCAAAUUGCAACCCCUAUGCCUCAGCCUCCCAGAUGCUGGGGUUACAGGCACGCAGUAGCACUGAAUUUCAAAUCAACCCCCAAACAAGCAGGCCCUGAAAACCCUGCCAUGCAGGCAGGGCCCUACAGGGCAGGCCGAGCUGGUGAGGAGACAGACAGGCUUGCCCUUGAGUGCCAAGUCAGGGGGUUGUGCUUGAAAGCCAGUGAGCCGAGCCAAGCCCAGAAAUAAAAAGCACAAGAAUGUAAGGCAUCCAGAGAAAGGAUGCACUUCCUGUGCCUUCAUACAGGAAGGAAAGCUACGGGCAGGCCGGUCUGCGAGAACAGAGAGAAGGCAGGCUGCUGGGGUGGCGACAACAGGUAGCAGCCCCACAGGGCAGGCGGGGACAGCCUGGAGGCCACAGGCCGGGGACGGGCUCUGGGCAGAGAACACUGUGCCAGAAGACAGUCCGGCAAUGCUGGGAUGCAAGCCGCAGGCCCGGGAAGGGGUCCAACAAGAGGAACUCCGGGAGAGGAGUCAGCACGACCUGGCGGGCCUGGCAGGGAGGGACCGUAGGCGGGAGAAGGACUCCGGCGUCCCAAGCACAGGUGGCUCGAAGCAAUCCGAAGACGUGCCAUGCCGGGGACUGGAGUCUGGAGUGAGGGGCAGGGCUAGGAGGAGAGAGCAAGUCCCAGCUCUCGAGGCCCUCCUCCUGAAGUCCGGGCUGGGCAGAGGGCGGAGGAGGGCACCAGUCGGGAGUGGAGCAGAGCAGGCUGAAGGGGACACGGGGAGGGGACAAGUCCAGCCUGCAGCUCAUGGCCCAAGAGGACAGCCAGGAACCAAGUGGGGACCGAAGGGCCACCGGGCAGAAGUUCUCACCCUUGGCACAGUUCUCACCCCCAAAUCUCAAAAACAUACCUUCAGGACGAAUCUUCAGACUGAGCACACGGACAGCGUUAUGGGAAACCCACUGCAGCCGUCUUCGCAGUCUGGUGAAAGCUCUGCCGCUCAGGAACCACGCACUAGAUUAACUGGACCCCACUUACAGAAUCACGGCAGCUUAAAGGAUCCCUGCAGAUUCUACAAUCGCAAAAGGUCUAAGAACCCCCCGACCAGUGGCCCUCUCCACAGGAGUUCAGCUCCUCUGGCAGGCCACCGUCACAAAGCACGCGAGGGACCGGACAGCAGAAAGGACGCAGAUGAGCACCAGGGGCGUAGACAUGAGGUUUGUGCCAGCAGCCUGGCGAAGGGCAGUGCCCACGGACGCCGUCUGGACUGUCCGCCUGCUGUCUGGCUGUGGCGUGGGCCUGGGGGGACUCUAAGUUUGCUCCAUAAAUGUUUCCCUUCUCUUACAUUUCGGUGGUCCAAAGUUAAUCCAUCCCCUCUGAACCAUCUGGUCAGCCAUCUUCUAACCAAACGCGACCACCGGGUGUCAGCGCUGGGCUGACCACCUCCCUGUGCGAGCUGCAACUCCAGCCCUCUGGCCGAGCCUCGCGUGUCAGCACAGCAGUGUUCCGGGUCUGCCUGAGGCGACCGAGGCAGGACAGGGAGUCUGUGCCCACCGGGGUGUGAGAGACGCCGAGCUUCAAGGGUCAGGGCUGGGCUCACGUGCACGUAACCCGGUCCCGCCAGUGGACACCCAGUGACGGCCGGCGCCGUCCAGACAUGCGGAGCAGCCCCAAGGCGGCCGGGGUGCCAGCCCUGCCUCCCUCCCUCCCUCCCUCCCAGACACCUGGGGCCCAGGCCACCACGCUCAUGCACAGCGCCUGGUCCCAGCACAGAAAGCAGCCCCUGAGCCAACCAGCGUACAGCUCCACAUUUACUCUCUACAUCUAUUUACAUUUAGAAUUAAGUAAUUUGCAAAUUGGUUUUGCCCUGUAGUCAUGAGUAAGCACUUUAAGCAAAAGGAGCUAAGACCCAGUCUCAUAUUUAUACAUAUUUAUUUAAGGUAACUUUUAAAAAUAGGGUCACUGCUGAGAGUCCAAGUAAUUUUUUUCUUUAAAAUGGGUCUAUUACCUGAACUUAAAACCGCAGCUCCAUUAGUACACUGGGACACAAAGACUUGACAUUCAAAACCCUGUAAGAAAAUCUGUGGGGUUGUUUUGUUUUGUUUGUGGUUUGAGACAAGGUCUCGCUAUGCAGUUCAGGCUGGCUUGAACUCACGACGUAGCCCAAAAUCGACCUCAAACUCAAGUGAUCCUCCUGCCUCAGCCUCCCCAGUGCUGGAAUUACAGGCAUGUGCUACCACGCCUGGCAGAAAAUUUGGUAUUCACAGCUUAAAUUCUCCUCCCAAUAGGAGGUGAAACCAUAUUAAGUACUGUCAAGGCUGUACAUUUCGGUUACGGCUUAUAUCUAGACUCCCCUCAAAGCCUCUUAGGUAGGGGUAUGGGAAGUGCCUGGAUCGUGGGUGUGAUAUUGGAUGCAGGGUGCAGGGUAACUGAUUAGUUCAGUGGCUUAGCAAAGCUCUGGGUGUGGAUAACAGGAAGGCCAUGUUGGGCGUGGAUGGCAGGGAAAGGAAAGUCUUUCCUUUGCUGCCUCCUGCUGGCCACGGCCACGCCAUGAACUGCCUCCUCUGCCAGCCCCUCGGCCCUGCUGCCCUGCCUUGGAGCUAGCCAAUGAUGGACUGAAAGCUCCACAAAGAGUGGGCCUUGAACCUGUGGGUGGCAGGUGUUUUAUUCCAGCAAGAAGGUAGCAAACAGAUUCAUACCAGAGAAGUGACGCUACCUGACUAUAUGGUUCAGGAACCUUUGCAACUGGCUUAAGGAAAGAGCUUGCAAAGUUUUGGAGAUGCCAGCUGAAGCAGCAGCCCUGGAAUGCUGCAAGCCAAGCUCGCUGGGAGAUUCUGGUCGGAGCUCAGAGGACCAGACUGCUGAUAGAAAUGCAGCUGGUAAAGGCCAGGCUCAGGAGGUUUCUGCUUCUGUUGGGAACAGGGACUGCACUGGCAGUUGGACUCCACACUGUGUACUAUGCUCUGGGAGAAAAUUGGUCUGCAUUUUGCUCAUGUCCAAAGAAUUUGCAGGAGACUGGGAUUAGGUGCAGUGGGCUAAUUAACCUGGUAGAAGAAUUUUCAAGGCAGUCUAAUGCUGAGCUGGUAGCACGGCUAUAGUUGGGGGCUUUUAGCCAGACUUAUGGUGAGAAUCAAGAGCAAAUGACCCAGCAGAAUGAUUUUAAAAGUUUAGAGUUUGGCCAGAAAGGAAGUCCCAAUAAAGUUUCAGCCUACAAGGAUGGAAUGGCUGCUGAAAGGAUUAACAAUAAAAAGCCAAGUACUUUGGAACAGGACAAUAGAAAAGAUGGCCUAAGGGUAUCACAAGAACCAACAGGACUCAACCCUCUGCAGCCUCAAAAUUGCAGAGGUGAAAGACUGCUUUGAGAAGAGAGCCUCAGGGAACUAUGUCCCAGAAGGGCAGUGGUUUAGGAAAUUUGUUCCUCAGGACUGGGUUCAUUGUGCUCAGAGGUCAAGGCACUUGACCCCCAUAACCAGGAGAGAAGGAAGCUUGGCUGCUGCUCCACCUGGCAGCCAGGCUUUGGUGUCAUCCACAAGGUGCUGGUUUUAGGUGCAUGCAGAAUGCAAGAGUUGUGAGAUCAGAAAGGCUUCCACCCAGAUUUCAGAAGAGGGCCUGGGAGGCCAGGCAGUGCACCUGAGGGGACAGUGUGUGAAGCCUAGGUGCUGUGGAGACCCCAGAAGGUUGGAGAAGCCAGGAACCUUGAUCAUCUGAGGAAAGCUGUAAGGAGUGGGCACAGCCAGCCCAAGAGAGAAGCCACCAGAGCUGCAACCACCAAUGGUGCCACAGGGGUGCAGCCACGCAAGCCUUGGAGCUCACAUCUUGCCACAGAUUGACCUGGAUGCUGGCCAGCAACCAGAAAGUAACUAAGAUACCUUCCAAUAUGUUACCUCAACAAAACAACAACUCCUACUUUAGGGAAAACUCUGUUGAACCCACAUCAGAAGCUUUAAAGAACAUGGAUAAGGCAACUGAAAAGAAUUUUUAAAAAGAGUAUCUUUUUAAUCUGAACCAUGAAGUCAACAAGAGGGGAAAAAAACCCUCCAGGGGGAAAGAAUAUUCUGUCAAAUAUACAAUGAGCUAAGAAAAACCCACCGCUUCUCCUCCCUGCUGCAUUUGCUAACGUCACACCUAGGUCCUGUGCGGUGAAAGAGCAAGCAUACUUUUCAUUUGCUAUUUGGACAUUUUACUCCUCAAAGGACCAAUGAAUGGCUCAUUGUAAAAUACCAAUUAUAUAAAUUAUACAGCGAUCCAUCACAUUUUAUUAGAAUAAUCUUUUGCAGUUAUAAAUAUUGUGCAUAUGCAAAUUUUUAACUUUGGUAUAUGCUUUCCAUCUCUUUAGUUAUUGCACAAUGACCCCUCAUUAUCAUAUCUAAUUUAUUAGCUAUUAGGCAUGUAAACUAUUUUAUAAUAGAUUUGGUGUAAUUUAUAGAUACUUUGUAAACUAUGAUGCAUUUAGAUGUGAGUGUUAAUUUAAGGAUAUAAGCAGUUUAUAGCCCUUUUUGUGUCUAUUUAUACUUUUGAUGUUUAACUAUUAACAGAUCUCUACUGACCUAAGCGUAAGAACUUUUUUAUUGCUUUAGUAAGUAAUGUGGCACAUUUUGUUUAGCCGUCCGUAAGCUAGCUUUUCACCCUAAAAUAAACCAAAUUCAGACACGUCACAUGAAUAAGUCUCUGGGGAUGGCAUUACUCUUGCUGCCUUUUAGUGAGCUUAGCCGUUCAUCUAACUGGUGUGAGGACUGAGCCCAUGUCCAUCGCAGAGUGUCUGUGAAUAGCCCUUCACCUGUUUUUUUUUUUUUUUGAGGCAGGGUCUCCCUUUGUAGUUCAGGAUGGCCUUGAACUAUGUGAUCCAGGCUGGCUUCAAAUUUGAGGUGAUCCUCCUGCCUCAGCCUCCCGAGGGAGGGCUGGGGUUAUCACAGGCGUGUGCCACCACACCCAGUUCUCAUCUUGUCUUGCUCUAACGCAGAAAUCUUCGGCAGUUCCCUACAGUUCUAUUUUUCCCUACUAAAUCCUUUGUUCCAGAUUUUUAGGGGGAAGAAAAAACUUAUUUUUUUCUCUUUUAUUACAUUAAUUAUGCCAAGGCAGUAUUGAUAUUAUUAAUCUUUUAAAACAUCAAAUCUUGAUUUGUGGUUUGUAAAGGCUUUCUCAUUUGAGUUUAUUUUUUAUGACAAUUUUUACUUUUCUUUUUUACUUUAUUGCUUUGCUCUUUUUGGGGGCUAAUUAUAGUUCUCUCUGUUUUAAGUACUUAGAGAAAGUUUCUUAAAAUUCUGAUAUAUUGUACAGAUGGUAUUUACAUUAUUAAUAGUCUUUUAUGGUAUAUUAUCUAUUUUAAGGUAUCCCAUGUAUUUUUCCCUAAUUCUGUUGCUAUUUAGGGCUUUUAUUUUACCAUUAAUUCUAUUUUUAAGUGAUUAAAUAGAUAAGACAUGCACAUGCUAAGAAAUUCAAGCCAUACAAGGGAGAAAUGCUUCAAUUUCCUUCUGUCCUGGCCCUGCACAUCUCCAAUGGAGAAGGAACAAUUACUACCAGGUUCCUGAGCAACAUUUCAGGGAAAUUCCAAUUGUAUAUAUAUAUGUGCCUGUGUGACAGUCAAGUGCAGUUUUUUUCCUCUUACACAAAUGAGGACAUAUAUGAACCGUUCUGUGCCCUACAGACAAACAUCACCAUGUUUAGUACUUUUAAAUUGUGAAUUUUUUGUUUCUAGUUUAACUUUAUUAACAUCUAUGUAGGGAUUUUAUGAAAUUUAUACCUGUUUGUAAUUACUAGAAUGUACACUGUGAAUAAUAUAUGAUCUUACUAUGAGUCACAUAAGUUUUUAAAAAGUACUUCUCUGGGGCCAGGGAUUUAGCUCAGCGGUGCCUCCGCCUGCCUCCGAAGCACAGGGUCCUGAGUUUGAUCCCCGGCGCCAAAAUAAUAAUAAUAAAACAAAACAAAAGUACUUCUCUCUGGCUUAUGUUUGGUUUUCAAAAAUCUGCUAGUUUUAUUUUACUAGUUAUGUAAUUUUAAAGUACCAUAUAACUUUUCUUGGUAUGCUUGUUCUUUUAUGAUGACAGAAAUGUUUUCCACCACUUCUACUUUUAUAUGUAUAUUUUGUUAAGUUAUUUAAGGCAGAGAGAUAAUAAGAUUUUGUCACGCUCUACUGUGUUUUUAGCUUUGCCCUGAUCAAUCCCUCAAUACGCUGUAGCUUAAAAAUCUACUUUUUUGGCCAGGGAUUUAGCUCAGUGGUUUCACCACCUGCUGCACAAGUGCAAGGACCCUAGUUUGAUCCCUGGUACCGAAAAAAAAAAACCCUACUUUUUUGGGUAAACCUGAAAUUUUAGUUUUAUGUAUAUGUAGUGGGAAGUGUGUACUUUGUAUUAUAUAACUUACAAAAUAUUCUUUUAAGUUUAUUUAAAUCAUUCACCUUGAAUAAAUUAGACUUCAUUUCAUCCAAGGGCCCACUCUUAAAAAAUGAUGUGUUUCUGCCGGGGAUUUAGCUCAGUGGUUCCACUGCCUGCCUUGAAACCGCAAGGUCCCGAAUUCGAUCCCGGUACCAAAAAAAAAAAAAACAACAAUGAUGUGUUUCUAGUACAAGAACAGUCCCAACAACGCUUACUUAAGGAGUUUUUCUAACAUUGCAAAGGAGGGGCAUCUGUGGCCCGGAGGCCAAGGAGGAAAGGCAGAUGGCACUGCUUCCCUCUGACUUGUGUUUCUGAAAUGCGGGGGAGCACGCGCCAUCCCAGGCACCCCCGUUUGCAGUGGCGAUGGUUGAGGAUGGAGUGUGCUUUGCAAAUGAUGGCAGCUACGCCAGGCGUUUCAUUCUGCUACUCUCCGGGCCCUCAGGGAAUUGUCUGAUCUGCAAGAGCAGGACUUGGCCCCCAAUCCACAGUUUAAACGCCUGCAUAGGCCUGGCCUCCAGCACACACACUAUUUAUAAGAUCCCCAUGCCAUCCUCAGUUCAGUACACUUGUCACAUUUAUGUAAGCAUGUAACAUGAAGAAAUAAUCAAAUAUAGGUAUAUAUACCUAAAAUGGCUUGGCCUUAUCAAAAAAAAAUCUUUAAAAGGUUCACCACUUUUAAACGGACAGAGAUUAUAAAGUCCCUUUCCAUAUAAUUUAAGAUCUAUGGCUUUUUGGUAUAGCAACAGAGCAUUACUGACUCACAACUAAACACUAACUCAACAAGAAUAGGGAGCCACCUGGUUUCUGAUGUCACUGCUAAAAUUAAUAAAACCAAUCUUCCAAUUCUCUCACAUAACAGUCUUCAAUGUCAGAGUUUCUAGUGGUUCAUGGAAUAGUCCUAUCUGGCUUUUAUGUGAAUUAUGAAUGUUUUGUUUCCUCAUUACAAUGAAUAAAAUACAUCUCUUCUAGUUCCCUCAGAGUUUCGAGCUUAUGUAUCUCCAGAGAAAAAGAAGUGAUUAAGAUUAAGGUUCGCAGAAGACCCAGGGCACUGAACCAGAGCCCAGAAACACGAGCUUCUAAGCCCUCGCUAGUCCCCCAACGCCAGAGGGGCUUCCUGCUCCUUACUCCUCUUUCCAGAGACACGAUGCUGCUCAGUCGCAGGCCUCCAUGGGCCCAUCACUGCAGGCGUUUCUGACAGCUACACAUCUGAGAAGAGCGAGUUCCAAAUAAAAAUAAAUUUCAUAAUUCAUUUAGGUAACUGGGGCCUUGCUGGACUCAUGCAAAUUUCAGGGCCUUUCACGUACUAAUUAUACUCUUGCAAUGGGACUUCCAGUUCAUAUCUAGGCAAUAACCAAGAAAUACCAGCAAGCUUACGGGGCCAAUAUUCUUGAUUUGAAAUAAACUCAGGUUUCCUGAAAAAGAUGCUUUGUCUAUAAAGAGGCACCAGAAAUCAAUAAAACUAGGCUUUUAUUCAUUGUGAUGCCCACCGUGGCCUCCAUGCAAAGGGCUGCACCGCCUGCAGCGCAAGUGUGACAUAACACGGCCUUCUACCGAUCUCCGGCCUGGAAGCCCUUCAAAGGGUUCAGAAUGGGUGGCCCAUCCCCAUGCUGGAUUAGGUUUACAGUGAGAAGGAAGUCGUUAUCCCUGCCUGGGGGCUGUCAGUAUCAUAUUCAUUCCCAUCACACAGGGUCUGUUUAGUUACAAGGGAUAAAAAUAAUGAAUGCAUUGUUUUGAUGUUGUUAAUGGAAGAGACACAAGAUAUCUCUUAGUCACCAAGCUAUCUCAUGGUCAAGUCCUAUGGAGGGAGGGAAAAGAGAAAAGGUGAUACAAAGAGAACUAAGGAACCCAUGAUAAUAAAUUUCAAAAACCCACCAAGAUUGGGGUAGGGACAGGAGCUUCCCCAAACCCUAAAAACCACCGACAACCUCAUUCACCAUUCUUCGUCUGACUCAGAGCCUCAGCAGUCACACUCAGCCUUUUAGUAUUGGCAAAUAAAGUAGCUCAAGUCAUGACUUUGUGUUCCAGUCACUUCAUACACAUGAAGACAAAGAGAUGAAAUUCUCCCCAACACAGUAAGGUAAGGACAAAAUAACCCUUGUGAGCCACUGGCCUGCACCAGGCCUCCUCCACCCUGCAAGGCGGGGACUCGGGGAUGCAAACCGAUGCUGAGU